AUGACUUUCACAGCUGGGGUGGUCGACAUAGACCAGAAGCUACCAGAAACUUUUGAAGUCAGUGACUCGUCAUCAAUCGCGACUGAUGAAACUUCUAAGAAAAUUGAGAAAGUUGAGAAAGCCAAGAAGAUCUCCACAACAUUUGCUCUCAUCAAUAUCGUCAAGGGUAUGAUAGGUCCAGGAUGUUUUGCUGUACCGUACGCUUUCAAACAAGCUGGUUUAUGGGCAGCAUUUGGCAUAGACUUCUUACUCGGUAUAAUCUCAAUUAUUUCUAUGAUAAAGCUAGUCAAGAGCGCUCAAUAUUUGUGCCGAAAGAACAAAUGUGGCACGUUAGAUUACGGACAACUGGCACAAGAAGCAUUCGCUGAUUGGGAUAAGUUUGCAAAAUAUAAAUAUGUGGCUAGAUGGUUUGUCAACGCUUGUUUGAUCUUUUUACAGUGUGGAAUCUGCAGCGUUUAUUAUAUUUUUAUUGUCGAACAUGCUAAAGAGGUUGGUUUUAUUUUCAGUGACUGA